AAACACAAUACUUUUCUGAUUUUCUUUUACCACAAAAAUUUAUUCAUAAUGAAAAAACCAUAGAUGAUAAUGAAGGAACUAUAUCUGAUAAUGAAGAAUUUAUAAGUAAUCAAGAAGAUUUUAUAGAUAAUAAUAAAGACUUCAUAGAUGAUUCAGAUACAGAAAUUGACUCAAUAGAUUCUGAAGAUUUUUAUGAAGCUAGUUUAAAGAUAUA